GAGGAAGCGGUGUCUGGCAGGUGUUCGUAAACGCGGAAAAUUGGACAUUAAAGCUGAGUUACGACGUGGAAUUCCUUGCAAAUGUAUCAUUUUUAACAGGUUGAUUGGAGAGAGAUUUCUGAUUUCAUUAAAAGAAAUAUGUUAAAAGUUUCAACACAACUUCGCAAGUUUGGUUCAAGAUGCUCCUUGUUCAACCAGCUAUAUUGGUUAGAACCUUUUAGUUCCUGCACCAGAUUUUCAAGCUCAAAAUCCAAAAGAUCACCACGUGUAUUGAUAACAGGAAGCUUAGGACAAUUAGGUACCGGCUUAGCAAAGAAACUCAGGGCCCGUUAUGGCGCCGAAAACGUCAUUAUGUCAGACAUCAUAAGAGCGCCUCAAGAUAUACUGGAUGCAGGACCCUACAUUUACGCAGAUAUCCUCGAUUUUAAAAAUCUUCAAGAAAUUGUUGUGAACUACAGGAUUGAUUGGCUUGUACAUUUUAGUGCUCUAUUAAGUGCUAUAGGAGAAGACAAUGUUCCUUUGGCAAUGAGAGUAAAUAUUGAAGGACUGCACAAUGUUAUGGAAUUGGCCAAACAGUACAGGAUGAGAAUUUUUGUGCCAAGUACAAUAGGAGCUUUUGGGCCAGAUUCGCCAAGAAAUCCUACACCAGAUUUAUGCGUACAGAGGCCUAGGACUAUCUAUGGAGUGUCUAAAGUACAUGCUGAAUUAUUGGGAGAAUAUUACCAUUACAAAUAUGGACUGGACUUCAGGUGCCUGCGGUUUCCGGGAGUGAUAUCAGCAGACACAGCACCGGGCGGUGGUACAACAGAUUAUGCAGUUUUAAUAUUUCAUGAAGCACUAAGGAAUGGAUUCUUUGAAUGUUACUUGGAGAAAGAUACAAAGCUUCCAAUGAUGUACAUUGAAGAUUGCCUGAGAUCUUUAAUUGAAUUAAUGGAAUCUCCUUCUGAAAAGCUUAAACUGAGGACUUAUAACGUUGGUGCAAUUAGUUUUACUCCUGAAGAACUAGUAACCGCAUUACUGAAGCAUGUACCAAAUCUGAAAGUGGUUUACAAACCAGAUAGUCGUCAAAAAAUCGCCGAUUCCUGGCCACAGGCGUUUGAAGAUGUAAAUGCAAGAAAUCACUGGGGUUGGAAACAUGAAUAUGGUAUAGAUGAAAUCUGUGAUGCAAUGGUAAAGGCUUUAAAGCCGUACUACGACUAAAAGCUGUUUAGGAUGCACAAUACUCUAUAUGUGCAGUUCUGCGAGAAAAUAAAAAGAAACACUCCUUAUUUCAGUGCUAUUUACCCUAGAGACCAACACGAAAUAUCCAAAUUUAUCCAAAAUAAGGUAGCUUACAUGGGACAUUAAUAAAAUUUUGUUAGGUUUAGGGGUCGUCUUCAUAUUAAAAUGGGCAUUUCGAAUGAGAACCAGCAAAUUUUAUCAGAUUUGACACAAUUUAUUCACUAAUUCAACAAUAAAAUCCUUUUUUACGAGGUUUAAAGUGAGUUUUUUUUCGGAACCAUCAAUACUUGAAAAAAUAUUUGACGUGGAACGGUACUAGAUUUGGAGGAAAAAAUAAUCCCGGAGUUUUUAAGCGACAUCCAAAAUUUAUUUUAAGGAUCAUUAUGGGAACAUAUAUGUCUCCAAUAAAAUUAGACAUUAACAUAUAUGUCUCCAAUAAAAUUUUAAAUAUUAUCAAAUACAAAUAAUUAAUGAAUUUUGUAUAUUUUUUAAUGUUAUCUGAGACAUCAAAAUCGUAAUAUUAGCAAAAAAAAAAAAUUAAAUUUUUUUUUUUUUGGAAAACACCGCACAUUUGACUAUUUUACUUCAGACCUUAUGGUCCUCAAAGAGCCUUAUAAAUUGUUUUAAGAAUAAAUUUUAAUGAUGACUGAAGUCAGUAUAAUUAAUAUCUUGUUUGCUUUCACAGACGCACAAGAACCGAAUAACUUGGAGUGUUUCUUGUUCUUUCCAGAACUAUUCAUUGUUUUGGACGUAUCGUACCUUUGUUCACAAAAUCUGCAAAACUUCCAUAUGUUUUUAAAAAAUCAAACUUACAGUGUAAAAUAUAGAGCUGUAAAUAUUAUUUUCGUCAAUGUAAUAAGUAUACUGUACAUUAUAAAAGCGAUAUGUAUAAAUUAUAUUUUCCCCAAGUUUACAUGUAAUAAAUAUCUUGAUAUAACUAACUAGUAAAGACUGAAUGGUUAAUGUUGUAUGGAACACGUGUUUAAGCAUGACCAACCUUUUCCA